AGUCUAGUCUAAAGGUUGCAAUCAACAGUGGAGCAAAGGGACUAUCUUCUGGCAUAAAUAGCAGGACUCCCGCUUUCCUCUGUUGCAGAACUGCUCAGCUGCAAGCAAAAGGCUCUUCACUUAUCAGUGCUGCAGAGGAAACACCAACUAAUGUGGCUGGUUUUCCGCAUGGAUAAGGAAAUGGAAAACUUGAAAGCUGUCUCCGGCUCCUACAGAAUGAUCACACUGCUUCUAACUUUUCUGAGCUCUGUUACUUGUUUGCCUCUUGAUGAAGAAUCAGUUUGCACAGCAGAAGAACUUGCAAGCUACAGCAUUGUUUUCACAGGGAAAUGGAGCCAGACAGCUUUCCCUAAGCAGUACCCGCUGUACAGGCCUCCAGCACAAUGGUCUUCUCUUCUGGGCGUUGCCCAUAAUUCUGACUACAGCAUGUGGAAAAUGAAUGAGUAUGCUAGCAAUGGCAUGCGUGAGUUUGCUGAAAGUGGUGAACCAUGGGCAUUAAUGAAGGAAAUAGAAGCAGCUGGAGAAGAAAUUCAAAGCAUUCAUGGAAUAUUCUCUGCUCCUGCCAUUUCCAGUGGCAUGGGGCAAACCUCCACAGACAUAGAAGUACAUUCAAGGCACCCACUGGUGUCCAUUGCAAUACGAAUUGUGCCCAGCCCUGACUGGUUUGUGGGCAUUGACAGUUUAAAUCUGUGUGAAAAAGAUCACUGGAAACAGCAAGUAUCUUUAGAGCUCUUUCCGUAUGAUGCUGGAACUGACAGUGGUUUCACAUUUUCCUCCCCCAAUUUUGCCACUAUCCCACAGGAUACUGUCACAGAGAUCACUAGUUCCUUUCCAAGUCACCCAGCAAACUCGUUUUAUUAUCCCAAGCUUAAAAAAUUGCCACCAAUUGCUCGGGUAACCAUGAUGAAAGUUAAGAGACGCAAACUAGGUUUUCCUCUUCCUCAACCCAAUGUGACAGCAAUCAGGAAUGAAAUAGAUGAUUCUGUUUCCGAAACUCCCCUGGACUGUGAGACUUCCCUCUGGUCUUCCUGGGGCCUUUGUAGAGGCACCUGUGGGCAUUUAGGAACGAAAAGAAGAACUCGUUAUAUACGACUUCAACCUGCCAACAACGGAACACCCUGCCCAGAUCUGAAUGAAGAAACAGAAUGCGAACCAGAUAAUUGCGUCUGAGACAGCUCUUUUGGACAAGUAUUUAGAUAAUUUAAAGAUAGGAUAUACGUCUCUUCCUGUUAUACUGCAUAGCUGUAGUAUUUUGCUGAAAUGUUUUUGGAAACUUUAAUUGCUAGAUGUUUGCUUUAUACAAGAAAAAACAGUAUUUUUAUUAUGAAUUCCUGCAGUACCCCCUAGUGGUAGAAAAAGUAUCAAACUUAUAGUUCAAUUUUCAGACAUACCUAUCUGUAAAAAAAAAAAGUAAAUACCCCUACUUUAAAAAAUUGGAAUGUAUAGUUUUGAAAGAUAUUUAUAUGUUGUUUGAAAUUAACCACAGUCUGUCAAUGUAACAAACUGCUGUUAAGGGAAAGUAAAAAGCUUCCAACUCCUGACCACAUGGGCCAAGGGGGAGGGAAUGGCCAUGGGGACUAGAUUCUGUUAUGUUUGUUUUCCUGUGUUAUCUCUUGUGCUCACCUGAAUUAUUUUGCUAGAAUUUUUGGCAUUUAUUUUUGCAAGCAUAUUUAAUGCAGGUGAACGCACUUCAGAAAAAACAAAAAAGCAUACAAAACAAGAAACCUACCUUUUCCUAGGGCUUGUCCGCAUUUGAUUUCUAGAGGCUUGUCCACAUUUGAGCACUGCUUAGCUGUUAAUCCAGUUUUCCCCCAUUCAAAUUAAACCAGAGUAGUCCACACCUGCAUGUAUUUGACUUAGUAUAUGAGGAGCAACUUCAGUCCUUCUCAUUCAUACCAGUAGGUGUUCACUGUUGUGUUUGACCCCACCUUCUCAUUUGUUGAUUCAGUUGUGCCAAUUAAGUUCCGACAGGGCAUGUACAGGGCACGUGCAGAUAGCUGUGUGUGUAUCUUUAAAAGAAAAAAAAUUCACCCAAGAAGUGUGCAAAACCACAUAGGCAAUUGUAAAUUUGUUUGUAAAGUUUUCUGGUUUUGUAAAAAUCUGAGAAAUCAAAAGAAUAUGGCUAGUGCCAUUUGCUUGUGCAGUUUUCUGCUUGUGUGCAAAUCUGAGGGAUGCAAAGCUCCUCAUGCACCCUUCCUCACAGGCUGGAUAAGAAAUGAAAGCUAUUGUAAAUUAUCAGCACACACUUUUCAGAUUGCUGCCCAAUAUAUCCAGCACUGAAUUUUUUUAUGUGAUUUGCUUGUGCAAUUUUCUGGGUUUGUGCAAAUCUGAGGAUCAAAAGGGAAAAAAAAUCCUUUGGAAGCACAUCAGAAAAAGUUACAAGCACGGGGAAAGCAUCAACAUUAGUGUUGUUUGAGGAUAAGGUUAUGUGGUCAACACAAAUGAAGUAGGAAUGCAAACAGCUACAAACAUACAGUAAUACACAGGAGACUCUGGUGUGGACAAUCCCGAGGAUAAGAAUGCCCUAUUGUAAAAUAACUUUGUUAGCAAAUAAACAUAUGUUUGAGGAGAAAAAGAGGCUUGGUUCACAUGCAGCAACAAACCACAAUUUGGUGGUUUGGUUGCUUAUGUCCAAGCCUCACACUUGCUUACUCCCCUUGCCCCCGAUGCAAAUGCCUCACUCUGCUUCUGAUGGUCCUGCCUGCAAAUCAUAAUUGGAAACCAUGUCAGACAGUUCCAGCACAAUACAACAUAACAUCAGACGAUGGUAUCUUCCAACAAGGGAGGGAAUUGGAGCACGCAGACUCCUUUAAGCUAGUGGCUGUCACCACAUCCUAUGGCAGUGAGCUCCAUGAAUUAAUCACCCACUAUCAGUAGUGCAGUGGCAAAUUCAGAAGUGCAGGAUCCCUUCAUAAUAGUCACAGACACAACCCCUCACAGCCACGCCCCCUUCUAAGAUUAUAGAAUAAUCAGGCCAGGUCUGCAUAUUGCUUUCUGCUUCUUUAUCCUUGUUAAUGCCUUCUCCCACAAUAGCAGACUAGGAGCUAAUUAGCAUGAAAGAAAGUGUGCUAGCUACUGAGUCUUCUCAGUGGCUGACUCAUCUCCUUUCACUCUGAUUGGCUCCAACAUCCGGACAAGGAAGCAUGUUAGAAGACUCUUCUCAGUGGCAAACACGUUCCUUUCAUGUUGAUUGGGUCGUAAGAUACUGGAGACAUAGGGACCCUGAUGGGACCUGGCAUCCAAAAAUUAAGGGCGCAAAGACCCCUGUCAUGACCUUGGAUGACUAUACUCUUGCCCACUAUGCAAAGAAGCUUUUCCUUUUAUCCAUUGGUUUUAUGGGAUGACCCCAGGUUGGAAUUUUCAGUUAUGUGGCUUUAUUUCUGUAGUGAAACCAAUACACUGAUAAUUUUCCAUUGUUCUGUGUCUUAUUUCUCAAUUACACAGCCACAAGAGUGGAUUUUUCUCAUUCUGCCAUGUUAAACUGAAAAAAACCCCAAGUCAUUCUGCUGCUUCCCAUAAGCUUAUUUCAAAACAAAAUCUUACAAAACAUAUAGUCCUGAACUCAGAAAUGCUUGCUUAACAACCCUCUAAAUUUUAUGGCAAUACACAAAACACUAAGAGUGAAUCUAGAGUUCAAAGUGUGAAACAAGAAAAAAGAAUCCAGAUUCCUGCUGGACAUUUUUCUGUCAGUGGUCUCAUAAUUUAUUGAUUUUUUAAAAAUAAUCAGCCAUGUUCACAGAGUACCUGUAAUCCUAUUACUGACCUUGCCCCAUACUCUGACCAUCAUUUUCUGCAGUUUAAAAUUUUUAAAAAAUGCAUACCUGAUUUUUAAUUAAAGAAAUUUAACAUUGAAGUCUAUCAUAGCACAGGCAUGCUCAGUAAGAAUCGAUUGUCAGUGUUCUAAAAGCCAGAGUCACAGCUUGGCUAUAGGUACAUUCUUAAAUUGCAAUGCUUUUUUGCCUAUUAGUGAAUUUUGUAUAGAAUACUGUUAAUGCACAGUUUGCUGCAACAUUCAUUCUGCACAUAAAGAACCAUGAUGCAAUCAAACAUAUAAUUACAAGCAGUGAAGGCAUUGCCCACUCUAAACUCCCAUACCUAUAAUCCAAUCCCUUUUCUGUUCAUUAAAUUCAUAUUCAAUAAAUAUUCAAUUUAGAGACACUCUGGACUUGUUCCUGUUAAUGUGCUAGCCGCACACAGCCAUCACAAUCAUUCCUAUGUUAUCACUUCUAUAUCCAGGGUUUAAAAAAGCUUUUAAACAAUAUGUUCCAAUAGCAGUGAGUUAGGGAGCGCAGGGGCUCCCUCUGAACCCACAUUCUGAUUUUAUUUCCCUUUGAAUAAGCUCUAGCCAAUCAGGAGUCCCUCAGAAAUGCAUAGAAAGUUCCAUAGCAUUAGGGCAGGACUUUGAAGAGCCUCCACAAGCAAUCAGAUGCGUACAUUUCAAUCUGAGUCAAUCAGGUGCAUGCAUUUGCAAGCUGCUUGCUCCUUUCUUGGACUGAGAUAUUUCCCCCUCCUUUUGUAAACACCAGGCUAAAGCAGCAGCAAGCACAUUUGUUUUCCUUUCCUGUGGCUACCCAGCCUACCAGUCUUUGAAAUCAACAAUCUAUUUGCUUUGAAAUUGGCAGCAUAUUUCUGUGAGUUCAUUGUUCAACUUCUGGAUUCGUCACUACCAUGUGUAUAUGUAUGAGUGAGUGUGUGAUAUAUAUACACACACACAUUGUCAGCAAGAGGAGUGGUGACAAACUUCUCAAAAACAUGUUUGGCUAGCACGGGGUGGUGGUGGUGGAAUCUGAUUUCUUUCUGAGCUGGGCUGGACCUUUUUAUUGGCAGUGUGACAGGGAGAGGAGACUCGUGGAGGCAAAUUUACCCUGCCCCCCCCCCCGUGUCUGGCUGGCAUCAUAAGAAUUGGGGGGGGGAGAAUCUGGUUUCUUCAUAGGCUGGGCUGGACCUUCUUUAUUGUCAGGGUGGGAGGGAGAGGAAAUUAUUGAUGGCAAACUGCCCCAAGAAUGUAUGGGCCCUUUUAUUUAUUUUUAUUUAUUUAAAGUAUCUGAAAGUUUGAUAUGGGAUUAUCCAAGAUAAUUAACUCCCAUUAGGGAUAAGAGCAAGAACUUAUUAUAAUUGUUUUAAUUGAAACAAAAAGCUUAGGAGUGGUUUGAAGAGGACCAGAUGUUUAUAUUGUUUGUGGGCCCAGAACUGUGUCAUUCCUGAUGGGUGUGGUGGGGGAAGAGAGCAGGACAGUGAUUGAUAAUACAGAAAUCCUGGCAUUGGUAAUCCAAUUCGCAGGGGAUGUGCAGGGUUGUUGCAUACUUGCAGCCUUAAUUUCACUUUGAAUGCGAAGGUAGAACAAUGUCUUGACCUGGCUGUACAGAUGUGGUUGAUCAAAAGGAGAAGGAAUUUUGAGUUUAAAAAAUCCUUUUUAUAAAAUCCAAGAAACUUAAAUUUGUGUGAAAGUCUGAGUGCCUGCACCAGUGGAGUACUGGGGGGAUUUAUGGAACUUGCUGCUAGAGUAUUAGAACUGAGUCUAUGGUGUGAAAGACUCCCUUUUCUAACAUGUUGGCUUCUUGUUUUUCCCCACAAACCACAUCUUUUUCUCUGAGUAAUAACAGCUUACAGUUUACACUCUUGGCUUUAUUAAAAAGAAAGAAAGAAACUGGAGAUCUUUAGAAUAUUUAAAUGCACUGCUACAGGUCAGGGAGGUUCUUUCUGUGUACCAGAGAAUAAGCAAACCUCUUGCUACCUUCUACUGCUCUGCAUUUGGCUACUGCUCUCUCCAAAAGGAGAGGAGAGCCUGGAAAAGACCCAUCCCCCCACUGAUUGCAGCAGUUGGUUUUGAGGCCAAGAGUCCUGGGUGGGGAGGGAUGGAAAAUUCCCAGAAUAAUACACCUGACCUUGGGCUUGGGGGAUGUUUAUGUUUGUCUUUUAUUUUUAUUUUUUAUCUGUUGGAGGGUGGGUGAGGAUUUUUCCCCCUUUGGCAGCCAGGAUUAAUGUGCUGCCAAAGCUUUCUGUGGCUGUGUGGGGCUGGUUAAUUUUAAUUAUGUUGUACAUCAGUUGGAGACCUUCGGGUAGCAAGCGACUAAUAAAUCAUGUUAAUAAUACUAAUACUAAGAAGGAGAAGCGAGGUAUAGCUUAAAUGUAAUAUUCCUGAAUAUUUGCUAUUUUCUUGAUAGGAGUGAUAUAAUCUUGCAUAUGUAAUGAUUAACUAUACCAAGGAGGAGGUAUGAUUUAGCUGUGGUUACUAACAAUCAUUUUACUUAGAAGUAAGCCCCACCGUGUUCAUUUAAGUGGGUAUAGAAUUGAACCCAUUUCUUCCAGGUCCUAGUCCAACAUUUGCACAAUUACAGAUGCUCUUUUUAAAUAUUUUUUAAAUUUAAAAAUAUAUUAUCUAGUUGCCCAAAUGUGUGUUUUCUUUUCUUUUUACUCUUCACUUGAAUUCUUUGCAUACUUUAGGGCUGGCAUUGUAGAAGAGCAGGACUCUUGCGCUUUUAACAGCUGUGUGGCAAGCAGAAAUUAUUAUAAACUAAAAGUGCAUUUGGAUGAACUUGAACUUUUUCAUUCCUUUUUAAAAUGAACUUUCCAAGCGCUGCUGUUUAUUAACACAAUUCUCUUCAUCUUAUUCAGAAGUAAGUAAACCCCAAUGUAUUCUGUGGGGCUUACUCAUGAAAGCCAGCACAGGACUGAAGCAUUUUGUAGGUCCUGUGAAAUGUGAGUUUCCAGCAACACUCUCUCUCUCUCUCUGUGGGCUCAUCCAACGGCAAUUUAACGUGUGUUUAGUGCUACCUGCAUCCCUUUGUAAUUCGCAUGGUUCACAUGAUGUUGCAGGCAAGCAGAAGCUAUAACACAGUUUUCUCCUUUAAAUCCAUAUUAACCCAAUCCAGUUAUAAUGCACAAAGGAAAGGAAAAACCAUCUUAGCUUCGCUGCACUCCUCCGUGUAGAUGCUUUGCUUUUAUGUUUUUUUACUGGGUGGGCUCUGUUAUGCCCCAUUGCCUGCUCCCUCUCUCUCUGCCCCUGCAAAAGCUGCCGCAGCUGCUGCCUAUGUGCCAUUCACUCACUCCCCCCUCUAAUCAGUUUCUUAUAGUUUUGUGUCAGUUGCACCUGAAUGCUCUUCCUGCUUCAGCCCAGGCAUGCAAUUGACAAGAAACAAUGAAACAUUAAAAAAAACCCUCCUCUACUAUUUAUUUAUUUAUUUCAUUUAUACCCCGCCUUUCUUUUCAUCAUAGAAACCCAAGGCGGCUUACAUAUGGUUUUCAGGCAGCCUCCCAUCCAGGCGCUGACCAGACCUGACCCUGCUUAGCUUCAGCAGGGUGCUAGCCUCAUGUGCCUUCAGACCAUAGCCUGGCAAUAGCGAUAUUCUGGAGGGAGUAAGCAUGUAAAAUUGGGGGCAUGAUCACAAGAAAACAGCAAUACUAAACCUUUCCAGAGGAACUCCUACUUUUGUGAAAGGAAAACAGUGGAUUGGAAGCUACCACUGAGCAAGAAGUAUGGACCUUGAAAAGCUAUUGCAAUGGUAAAAGCAGCUUCUUUAAUAUGAAGUUAGGCUCCCAUGCGGAUAAUCCCUGUGUUUCAAACAGGAUUGGGAAAGCAUUACUGAAUGAGCAGAGAUCUGGGUUUCUGUUCACUACUGAGGAGGUACAACUUAACUUUGCACACUCAUGACAGCCAGGAUAGGACUAAAGAUAUAUUAGGCACUAAGUAUUAAUAAAAUGACAAUGUUUAAGUGUUCACUGUUUCUUUGCAAAUGAGGAGGAUAGGGAGAGAUCCAUAACAGGUGGAGGCUACACAACAUUUUUUCCAGCAUAGAAGCAACUAUCACAGCAUGGAACCCUUCUGAAUCCAUUUGUAAAACUGCAAUGCUUAAGGGUCCACAGUAUGUUUGCACGGGGGGAGCAUGGGGAGAAAACCAGAACUUGGCUAUGCUGAUACAACCUUGGAGGGAAUGUUCAGUUAUUAUGCUAAAAAAAUUAAAACUGAGGUCUUGAGCCUAAACCAGUCUGCUAUUUGAUUUGGUGGAGGUGGGUGGUGUGGAUUAAUUUACACCCUCAUCAAGCUAAGGCUCUUCUUUUAUGGCAGGCCUAACAGGCCUUUCAAGAAAUCCUUGCUUGUGACUCUGUUUUAAGGCUGCAAAUAUUAGAAGUUGCUUCGCUGUGCCUAAAAAUGAAAGUAACUUGCAAAUGCUCUCAAGAGUCGGGGAAAGAGGAAGUAGUCGUCAGCACUAAGAUUUCACAUCCCAAAAGUGCUAUUUGAACAGGCUGAUAGCAGUCCUGAAACAAUAGCUUUUAGAACUGGCACUUUCCAUCUUGGCACGUGUAGGGGCAGGACCACAAAUGUGUACGGUGACCACCCAGAAGGUGUAAGAUAAUACUAAAUAAAGCAAUCAGGUAUGCAUUUUGCUGUUACAUAUGUUUGACAUGUAAUUCAUUUAUAAAGCCCUGUGUGGCAUAUCUGGGGCAGAGAAGUUCUUUCUGACCUCUCUCCCAAUGGCACAUUGGUUUAUGUAUUUCUUUCAAUAAACUCUGUUCUUUGGAGCACAAUCUAAUGAGUGGAGAAUAUUCCUUCCACAGUGGCAAUAUCCCCAAGUAUUAAUAAUACCCCAUAGUAGGUGCCCAUAAUCAUUAACACUCUCACACACACCCCAAUCCAAACACACACAAUUGGAAUUCUGAUAAAAACCAUUCUAGUACAAUGGUACUACAAGUAAAACUUGCACAAGGAGCAACAAUCCCACAAAAAGCACCCAUCUGAAAGCAAUAUCAGGAAA